UCCUCAUUCUGCAAAGAAUCAGGUGAACACAAAGUGCAUUGAUACGAUUGGACGCAGACAUACCUGACCCCGAGGUCACGUGCCUUACAAGGAUACCCGGAAGUAGCGUCAGACGCAUCAGUGUCAAUCGGAGUGGACGUCGAACAUCUUCAUCCUGCCCGCCGAGAAUCUGCCAACAUGCCAGGCCUGAGGAAAGCAAAACAGUACAACUGGAAGGACUCGAACAUGGCGCUGUUCGGCAGCGACCUCGAGCGCCAGGUGAAAAAGGCGGCCGCCCUGGGAGAGCCAGCGUGGAAGAACGCAGGCGUCCAGCCGGGUCUUCAAAUCUGGAGGAUAGUUAAAUUCAUCGUGACAGAAUGGCCUAAGGAGGAUUACGGCAAGUUCUACAACGGCGACUCCUACAUCAUCCUGAACACGUACACCGAGGGUGGCUCAGCAGACCUGAAGUACGACGUUCAUUUUUGGAUCGGCAGCGAGAGCUCCCAGGACGAGUACGGCACGGCGGCCUACAAGACGGUGGAGCUAGACACAUUUCUGGACGACAAGGCCGUGCAGCAUCGCGAGGUUCAGGGGUUCGAGUCCGAGCUCUUCCGAAGCUACUUCAAGGAACUCGUGACGAUGGAGGGUGGCGCGGAGACUGGUUUCCGGCACGUUGAGCCCACCAAGUACAAGACCCGUCUGCUGCAGGUCUUCGGCAAGGGAGCCAACCUGCAGAUCAGAGAGGUGCCGCUGAACAAGAAGAGCCUGAACUCCGAUGACGUGUUUAUUCUGGACGCCGGACUCACUGUCUACCAGUUCAACGGAAACCACGCCAGCCCAUUCGAGAAGGCCAGGGCGAUGGAGUUCCUGCAGAAUAUCGAGGGAGAGCGUGCCGGAAAAGCCAAGGGCGUGACGGUUGAUGAACACAGCAUUAGCGAGGCCCACGAGUUUUAUAGCUACCUACAAGAGGACGCAGACGACGACGGUGAUGACACUGAUUUUGGCGGACAGAAGAAGCUUUUCCGAGUAUCUGAUGCUUCCGGUAAGGUGGAGUUCACGGAACUGAAGACCGGAAAUAUUGCCAAGGCGGACCUUGGCAGUGACGACGUGUUCCUGUUCGAUUCGUGUGAGCAGAUCUUCGUCUGGAUCGGUCAAAAUGCCUCCCCGGCCGAGAAAAGGAACGGCAUGACAUAUGCGCACAAUCACUGCAUGAAGACGAACCGCCCGUUCCUGCCAAUCCACGUGGUGAAGGAGGGUCGUAACUACGCCACGCUCGACAUCGCUCUGUCAGCUUAGACUAAUGACGUCAUAACGCCUGCCACGUCAUAACUACAGUUCGCACGCAGUGCUGCAAAUGAUGACGUUAUUGGCUACGCAUGUUGGUCGUGUUCUUCACUUACAAAAAGCAUUGGUGUUCAAUAUACAUUACUUCUUUUUCUAAUAUUAUUUUUUAAUAAUUUGAGGUGAUAUAUAUUCGACGUUUUGACGUUCACAAUCUUAUGGUGUGUUCGAAGUAAGCUCGCUGUGUCUAAAACAUGUAUCAAUCUUAGUAUCGAAAUCUACACAUGUUAACACGUAUAAGUGCUGACUAAAGAACGCUCUUUCUUAGACAUUUGGAGAGCCAUGACCAACCAUUCUGCUAUCGGUCUACAAUAUCGUCGGUUAACACCAAAACUAGUUUCCAAUUAUGUUUUAAGCAACAUAAAUAAUGUUCACAGAAUUCAGUUAAUUCAUGGACCAAGUGUGUUAAGCUACCAUAGUUGACUCUAAGUUAUUGCAUUUUACGCUUUGUCUUGUUUUCUGUGUUCUUUUAUUUAUAUACUCCAGUAUAUGUGUGUUGUAAAAAAAGAGGAAUAUAAAGUA